UACGCUGACGUCCUCAACACACUGAAGAAACAAGGGCUUACCUGGGGUGGCUUCGUCAAGUGGAUAUCAAGCACAAGCUCCGAUUGUGGACGAGACCGCUGGGAAGGUUUGUUCGCACACCCGCAGAAUGUUAGGGAGAUCUUGGACCUGUGGGCAAGUCAGCCAUCCAACACCAGCAAGCAGACAGUGCGCGACUGGGCCUUCGACACGGUUUCACAAGUCAUUGUAGUCGAGGCCGAGGCGGUAACAAAGAGUCACUUACUGCAAACCAAUGCCCAACUGUUCACAGUUGAGCGUGUUCUCUCCCUCGACCUCGCGGAUCUCCACGACCGCAUCUUCAGCCUGUGUCCGAGAACGACUUCUCUCCUCAUGUGUUUUGCAACAACCCCUCAGCAAGAAAAGACUACAGCUGCACGGUGUGACAACGAGGACAAAUCACGUUUGCGGCAGCGAAUUGGCACCGUUCUUGUCGACCUGUUAGGCGAAAGAAGUCAGAACAACAGUUUCAUCAAGCACGUCAACGCGCUGUACUUUUAUGCCACCGGCACCUCUCGCCAGUCCAUCUCAGUCGCUUCUGCACUUGGAAUAUGUAGUAGCUACAACGCAAUUGUUGGGAGCUCAAAAGUUCACGGCAACAUCGACAUACCACCACCAGGACUAGAAACCGACGACGACGACGGAGAUCCACAACUUGAACAGAGACAUCCCCGUUCUCAAGACAUCCCCAGUCUUGAGACGCCCAUAUCAGCCUGGCGCGGUGCUGGUGUUCUUCGGCGACUAGGCUACUCUUGCCGCUGGACUGCUAGGAAACUCGCUCGCUCUUCCCUGGCUGGCUAUGUCUACGACAAUAUCAACAUGACAUUCAAGGUCUCCGAACAGGUACUGGGGCAUCAAGACACUCAAGAGAGCGGCACCUGCGCCACAAUUUUCUCCCUCUUUGACGCGCCACCGGCCAAUAUGAAGACCAAAGACCUUGUCACAUCCAUCAAGACCGCCAGACCUCUCGAAAUGAGGGAUAUCCGUCUCACUGCCAGCGAGACGGAGCUGUUCAACAGGUGCUCCAUUCAUGCCAUCCUACGUGUUAUCGUUCACGGUGAGCCCGCAUUUGCGAAGUUCCGUGCGCAAGUCAACGCCACCCUCCCUCCGGACGGGCUCAAAAUCCCUCUGCACAAGACUGCCAUACACCCACUCCCCACCAUGAACAUCGACGAGUCGAGUGUCACUGGCAACGCCUCAGUUCUGGACUACAUCUUCCGCCGCGAGCUGAAAUUCGACUUCGGCGCUGCUAGGUUCCGUGAGGUUGUACGGCUCGUCUUUGGCGACCAGCUCUCUCUUGCCCGACUCCGUACUCUCAUCCUGCACCGUGUUGGUCACGACCAGCUCGCCUCGUCCUAUGUGAGCCUUGUUCUUGGACCUGGUCUCUUCCAUUACCAGAUCGCUCUCAUCCACGGCAUUCUCGAGACCCACUUUGGUGAGCCAGAGGGCAAAGGCACACUCAACGCGGCAAGUCUCUCGUUCUUCAACAGUGUGCUGGGUCGCAAGCCCAUCUUCUUGUCCUCCCUCCCUCCCUAUCGCACCUGCCGUGACCUCAUCUUCACCUCGCUCACUGCCGGCAUCCUCUCCUGUCUCAAGAAUGUCGCGAACGUCAGUGACCUCCCGGAAUAUGCAUCAGAAGUCACCUUCAAGCAGCUUGAGGCGCAUGCGCUGAAGAUCCAUCAACACUUCUCCGUUGGUGCCGUGAACAAACUUCACCGCCCUCCGUUUGAUCCCCUUCUUGGCAUCAAGACCGGAGACAUGGUAUUUGAGAAUGCUGUCUUAUUCCUCCGCGACGCUCUCCUUCUACGCGAGUUCAACGACGCGAUCAAGAGUGGUUGCUCGGGUCGUAUCCUUCUGUCUCUGAAGGUGCUCGCCUUCGCCUACCGGGGACUUGGCCGCACGAAGUAUGCGCACGAGGUCAUGCACCUCUUGCACUCUUUCACCACUGUAUGGCCGGAGCCUCUGCGCGCAAUUGUGUUGAAGAAUUGGCUCGUGAACCCGACUGGCAUGGAGAAUUCAUGGGUGCCAGUCGAUCUCCUGCAGGAGCAUAUGAACUUGAUGAUCAAGAGUGUCUACAAAGCUCACGGCAGCAACUCAUCGUGGCCGUGGCUCGAAAUGAUAUCGCCUGAUGUUGUCGUCCUUCGCCAUCUCAUGACGCAGAUCAACACCUACAUGGGGGACAAGCUCGGGAACAAGCACAGCACGCCCGACACGACCCGCGAUGUUGCAUCGCUGCGAGAAGCAAUGGAGUCCCACCGCAUCUUCGUUGUCGAACAGGGUCGGGUGCUCACCGGGAUGAAGCAGGCUGUCGUACCCAAUGCUGUCGAUGUCGGACAGGAUGCUGUACUCGGCCCUCUCGAGGACUACAACCAGACAUUCAAACGUUUGCAGGUGCGGCUUGCCCGUAUACCGCUCCUCGACUUGCUCGCUGGCAGAGCGGGUCCGACACUGUCUGCCUCGGGGGUUACUACACAGGUCGGCCGAGUUUCCACUUUGUCCUACAUGCCGCAGGCAUCCUUACGCUCCCAUGCUGCAGCCCACACAACCUGCCGAUGGCACGGUGGAGAACGGCGAAGCGGGGGAGCCCUCCGACGACCUCGACAGCACAGCUGUCUUUGCUCGGGAGGAAAUUCCACAAUCAUUGGCUGA